CAACCGCUGAGUUUAUACUUUCGCAAUUAUGUCGUAUAUCGGCGCAAACACUUCAGACGCUGAAUGCGAAAGAGGAGAUCAACCAAAAAACCGCCAUGCAGAAUUUAUUUCAAAACUAGCUGCUAAUAAGUUGUCCUUGGAAUCAAAAUGGUCCAAUAAAAAAGAUGAUGAAUCCGGGUCAGAAUUGUCUUAUUCAGAAAACUUUCUGACGCGAGGUGCAUUUUUGCUAACACCAUUACAUGAAUUAUCAAUGGAGCGUGCAGCACUUAUUUGUGAGAAAAUGAAUUUUAAAGGAUGUUUCAGUCUAACAAAAACUGCUACCGGAAUUUUAUUUAAAUUCUCACACCCCGACGACUAUCAGGCUGUUUAUAAAAAGGGAUUUCAUAAAAUAACAGGAGCGAGAUUUUAUCGAAAGAUAGCGAUUCCAUGUCGACCUAAGAAAACGUUCACCCUCUUUGUUAUGGAUGUUCCGGAAGAUUUACCAGUUGAAGACAUAAGACAUGCUUUAUAUAAAUUUGAUUCGGUGGUUGAAGUAGUCCGCCUGCAUUAUCAAACUCAACCACCAAUACAAAAUGACAAAGUUCAAGAAGGGGCAGUUGUAACCAGGAAUGACGCAACUGAAAAGGCGGAGCGUCGAGAGUCAGCAACAGCGGUAAUUCGAAUAACUCUCGCUUCAAUGGACGAAUAUAACAUAUUAUUACAAAAUGGGUUAAAUUUUUAUGAUGCGACAUUUUUCCCAACUGAGGCAAACCUUCAAAUGAAAGAUGCUAAAAUUGAUUAUAAGCGACGAAUUUUUGAUGGGAAUAAGAGUAGUCGUGUUCGUGAAUUACUUCCUGUCUUUGACGCAACUGGAUUUUGUAAAUUGCCACCACCUUCAAGUAAACUCAUUAAGCCAACGAGAACUAUGAAGUAAAUUAUUCUAACGGAGAACAACUGCACAAUAUUAACGGUAUACAAAAUGUAUCUGCAAAUAAUAUUAACGACAAAAACUGCUUUCAAUUCCUCAUAUUUUUCUAAUCCAAUAAUACCUUUACAUUGUGAAAUUUUUAUGCAAAAUUUAUCUAGUUGUUUUAUUUCGUUCUACGAUUUCUGUGCUGCCGAAUUAAUUUGCGGGUAUAAGCAUAUAUACAAUAUUUUAGGGCAUUAAUUUUUAUCAAGUUGAUGCUUUCGUUUGCGUAUCAUCUAACAUUUUAGUUGGUG